AUGGCAACAAAAAUUCCUACAGAGAUUAUAAUCGAAAUUUGCCUUCACCUAACCCCAAAUGAUCUUUAUUCACUUUCCUUGAUAUGUAAAAAGUAUCGAUCAUUAUUAUGGUCAACAACUACGACAACUCAAGAUAUUUGGCGUUUAUCAAGAUUAAGUUUCGUACCGAAUUUGACCCUUCCACCUCCAUUAUUACAUACUAAUAAUAAAGAACCUCUUAAAAGGAUGAGCGAACAACAAUAUAUUUGGUUGAUGAUUUUAUGUGAAAAAUGUUACUUUUGUGAUCAAAAAAAUAAAAUGGAAUUAACCAUGUACUGGGAAGGAAAAUUUUAUAGUUGUGAGAAAUGUUUGGCGAAAAAGGUUAUAAGGUAA